GGUGAGACCACACUUGGAGUAUUGUGUGCAGUUUUGGUCUCCAAAUUUGAGGAAGGACAUUCUUGCUAUUGAGGGAGUGCAGUGUAGAUUCACGAGGUUAAUUCCCGGAAUUGGGCGGACUGUCAUAUGUUGAUAGAAUGGAGCGGCUGGGCUUGUAUACUCUGGAAUUUAGAAGGAUAAGAGGGGAUCUUAUUGAAACAUAUAAGAUUAUUAAGGUAUUGGACACGCUAGAGGCAGGAAACAUGUUCCCGGUGUUCGGGGAGUGCAGAAUCAGGGGCCACAGUUUAAGAUUAAGGGGUAGGCCAUUUAGAACGGAGAUGAGGAAAAACCUUUUCACCUAGAGAGUUGUGAAUCUGUGAAAUUCUCUGCCUCAGAAGGCAGUGGAGGUCGAUUCUCUGGAUGCUUUCAAUUGAGAGCUAGAUAGAGCUCUUAAAGAUAGUGGAGUCAAGGGAUAUGGAUAGAAGGAAGGAAUGGGGUACUGAUUGUGGAUGAUCAGCCGUGAUCACAGUGAAUGGCGGUGCUGGCUCGAAGGGCCGAAUGACCUACUCCUGCACCUAUUGUCUAUUGUCCAUUGUCUAUUGUCCUCAUCGGAAUGCUUCUUAAACAGUCUCUGCCUCCAUCACUAUCAAAGGUAGAGCGUACCAGAGCAGAAUCUCCCCGUGGGAUGAAAAUGUUCUUCCUCAAAUCCCUUCUAAAUCUUUCACUUCUCACCCUGUACCCCUGCCCUGAAGACCAGUUUCUUACUAUCUAUCCUAUUUACGUUGCUUGUAAUUUUGUAUACCUCUAUCAUGUACACCUCUCAGCAAGCCCUGCUCCCAGAAAAACAAACCCAGCACAUCCAGCCUCUUCUCGUAAUUGAAGUAUCGCACGUUCAAACUUAAUUUCAUGGAAAAGUACGGGGAGAAAUCUCACUUGGUGCUGGAAAAGAAGCGCAAUAACUAUUUGCUGUCGCAAGCAAGCUGGAUGCCUCAGCCACCCACGUCGGACGUAGGGAAAAGCCCGCCCCCUGUAACCGAUGGCAGUAGCACCACAAAUUCCCACUGCCACAACAACAGCAAGACGCUUGAGCAGAGGCAUCAUGAGCGGAAGCAAGCUCAGAGGAGGCUGGCUCUAGCCCUGGUCAUCUGCAUCAUCUUCCUGGUCGGAGAGGUGGUCGGUGGAUAUUUGGCACGUAGUUUGGCUGUGAUGACUGAUGCGGCACAUCUACUCGCCGAUGUCACAAGUUUUCUGAUUAGCUUGUGCUCAUUAUGGUUAUCGUCAAGGCCAGCCACCAAGAAAUUGAAUUUUGGAUGGUACAGAGCAGAAAUUCUUGGAGCACUCUUCUCAGUGAUCAUAACUUGGCUUGUAACAGGAAUCCUGGUCUACCUCGCUUGUGAACGGUUCAUCAAUGUUGAUUAUGAAAUUAACGGAGUGGUCAUGGUUAUAACAUCUGCCUGUGCAGUGGUAGCAAACAUAAUAAUGGGGUUGGUACUACACCAACACAGUCACGGUGCAACGCAACUCCAACAUUCAGUGGAAGGUAACCACAAUCAUCGGCCAAAUGCCAGCAUUAGAGCAGCGUUCAUUCAUGUGGUGGGAGAUUUCUUGCAAAGCAUUAGUGUGUUAAUCAGUGCCCUGGUAAUUCUCUUCAAGCCCAAAUACAAAAUAGUUGACCCUAUCUGCACGUUUAUUUUCUCUCUGUUCGUGUUAGGAACAACUUUCAAAAUUCUGCGCGAUAUUUUGGUGGUGCUGAUGGAAGGCACACCACUUGGACUUAAUUAUAACGUUGUGAAAGAAAAGAUCCUGGCAGUUAAUGGAGUGAAGGCAUUGCACAGCCUUCACCUCUGGGCUCUGAGCAUGAACCAGGUUGUUCUUACAGUUCACGUUGACACUGUUGAUACGGUGGAUCCACAACAGGUUCUUAAGGAACUUACUCUGCUGGUUUACAAGACUUUUAAUGUUCACUCUGCCACGAUUCAAGUGGAGCAGCAUUUGGAUCAAGAACCAGAUUGUUGGUAUUGCCAAGAACCCAAAGAUUAAAAUUGUAUUAAGCAAUUGUGUUUUUUUUUCCAUUAGCUUAUUCUAUGUUUCGUAAAGGCAGUUCCAUUGACCUUCAGUGCAUCCACUUUCAGUUAGCGAACCUCACCAAAAUCCAAGAAAAUACAUGUGGUGUUUGCGUAUCAAUAUAAUUAAGAGUCCAAUAAAUAAUGUUGCCUAUUACAUUUAGUUUAGUUUAUUGUUGUCAUGUGUAUCAUGGUACAGCAAAAAUAUUUUUGUUGUGUUGUCCACAAAAGACUAGACAUGGCUAUAAUCAUGCCAUUCACAGUGUACAGAUAAAGGACAAAUGUAACAACAUUUAGUGCAAGAUAAAGUCUGAUUAAAGAUAGUUCAAAGGUCCUCAAUGAGGUAGAUUUGAGCUUCCGAACAUCUCUACUUGGCACCAUCAAGGCUUACUGGGGUGUGUGCACCACUUUGCUUGCUGAAGUCAAAUCACUAUCUCCUUUGUCUUGCUGACAUUGAGGGGAGAUGUUGUUAUCUUGACACCAGAUUACAAGGUUCUCAAUCUCCUUCCUGUACUCCAUCUCCUCAUCAUAUGAUAUCUGGCCCAUUAUGGUGAUGUUGGCUGCAAACUUUUAAAUUGAUGUGUAGGAAGGAACUGCAGAUGCUGAUUUAAACCGAAGAUAGGUUCAAAAAGCUGUAGUAACUCAGCGGCUCAGACAACAUUUCUGGAGAAAAGGAAUAGAUUACAUUUCGGGUCGAGUCUGAAGAAGGGUCUCAACCCGAAAUGUCAUCCAUUCUCUCCAGAGAUGCUGAGAUACUCCAGCUUUUUGUGACCAUCUUAACUUUUACAUUGAGUUAGAUUGGUAUUUGGCUCAUGAGUGUCUAAGGAGUAGAAUAGGGGCUGAGAAUGCAUCCAUGCGUGUGUUGAGGAUCAUCAUAGCGGAUGAUUUGCCAUCUACCCAUUUGCAGAACAAUUGCUUGUAUGAUUUCCCUCAGCAAUUUAAACAUGCUAUGUUAGUUAACAUUUGUAUCAAUAAAGAUGCUACAUAAGUGGUCAAAAUAUAUA